CAUUCUAUCAUGACAUGGUUGUCCGGGAUCUUACGUAUGAAACACCUUUCAGUUUUUCUUUUUUUCUUUUUUCUUUUUGACUCGUAGUUGCAUACUUACAUGACAGUGGAUAUGGAAGGGUAUAUGAACUAUUAUUCCCUUUGUUUAUCUAUAUAAAUUAUUAUCCCCAAUUGAGAAAGUAAAAUACUAAUUAUAGUUAAAAGUUCACCGAGGUUGAGAUUUGCGAUGAAACUAUACACACAUAUAGCAGGAGUGGAGAAUUACAAGUUAAAAUUAUUUUUAUUUUAUUGAGAUCAUUUACAUCAAUCUUCUUGUUUUGUGCUGGUGGUAGUUCUUAUAAAUUUUAUUUCAUUUGAACUACUUUCUUCUUUCAUUUGUUUUCUGAUUUAUGAAGUUUUUCAGGAUAUUCGACUUUCUGCGAAACAAUCCCUUUUCAGAUACUGAUACGCAUAGCAUUCAAACCAUAUGUUAUUUACCUAUUUUCUUUUUUGGGUCUCAAAACCGCAUGGUUGGAUCUUGCUUAUGUUAAAGUGACAAUCCAAAUCCAAAGGCCCUGUUAGUAACAGGCCAUAUCCUUCCGAUGAUAUAAUCUGAUUGGGUUUUGAACAUCGAAAGUAAUAUGCUGGGCUAGGCUGGGGUGGACCGGGCCUUGGUUGGCCCAAUCUAGAUUUCAUAUUCACUUUGAUUCGAAGGUUUACCUUUUUUUUUUUAUUUCAAACACAGAAAAAUGUUAGACGCAAUUACACAAACUGGCCCAUAAUGCAUAAGGUUGAGAAAUUAGUGUUGUAUUGACUACAUACAUUCCUUACACUUCAACUUUUAUCAUAAAAAACAAAACGCACUAAAUGACAUGAAAAGUCUUAUUCAUCGUUGCGCUUCGGUGUAUGGAUUGCAUUGGCCAUGGGUAUCUAUUUCUGUUAACAUCAUUGCAGAAAGACCAAUUUUUUUUACAAUUAUUUGAGGCCUACGUUUGUAUAUAUGUGUUGUAGUUCUAACGUGUCAAAAUUCAGGUGGUUCAGAAUUGAAGGUGUGACCCCCAGGUUUGUCUUUAACUAUGGAUGCUGAUCAAUUUCUUCUUUUGUUAAGACAUGCUCCCAUAGCUUAGUAGAGAACAAAUGAAGGAAGAUUAGGGGGAUUAUAAUCUAUCAAGAAUAAUGUUUAUUUUAAAACUGAAUGAUACAUGGGUGGCAUAAUCUAGCAAUAACGAUACUUAUUUCAAAACUAUAUGAUAGGCAAGUGGCACAAUCUACCAAUAAUAAUGUUUAUUUUUAAAACUGAAUGAUAGAUGAGUGGCAUAAUCUAUCAAUAAUAAUGUUUAUUUCAAAACUGCAUAGUAGAGUAUGGCAUAAUCUAUAUCAAUAAUGCUGGUUAUUUUUAAACUCUAUGUAUGAUAAACUGGUGUCAUAAUCUAACAAUAAUUUAUGUUUAUUUUAAAACUUUACAAUAGAAGAGUGGCAUUGGACUGAGUCACUUUCUAUAUGUAUAAUCAUGGCAGAGAUCGUAUAAAGUGUGGUUCAAAUUCAUGAAAGCUAAACAACAUAGUUUAGGUGUCCUUACAACACCAAUUAUAUUGUUCUAAAUUAGAACACAAACUUUAUUGGUUCUGAUCUGCACCACACACUCAUCCAUCACAUUGCAUCACAUAUGCUCAAUAAUUCAAUUGCACGAUCACGGAAAUCUGUGCUGCGAGUCUCAACCACACACUGCCUGAAACCUUAUCAAUUCGUAUAUACAACUUCUAUAAUCAACCACACGCGUCAUGCUGCCUUAUCAUCUUUAUUAACCAUUCAUUUCCAAGCCAAUUCAGUUCAACACCCACUGAAUGAACUGCUAGUUGUAAGUAAAAGAAAGAGGCUUCCUUCACUGAGCACGCAGUUCAAACUUCCCAUUCUUUGUAUAAAAUUCCACUGAACAUGGAGACUGUUCUUUCCAAGCACUCCCCACCUUUGGACUUCAAGGGCCUAACCAAGGAAGAGGAAGAUUCAUUGCUUGGGCAAGUUGAAAUAUGGAAGUACAUGACAAGCUUCACCGACUCUGUGGCCUUGAAAAGCGUUGUGGAGUUGCGUAUAGCUGACAUAAUAGACCGUUAUGGUAAACCACUAUCCUUGUCAAAAAUUGUGGAGAACAUAGAAGAUGCACCCUCCCCAGAUACCUCUCUGCUGGAGAGAGUGAUGAGAGUGAUGGUGCGUAGAAAGAUCUUCAGUGCAGAGAAGUCAGAGAAUGGAGAAACCCUUUAUGGCUUGACACGUGCUUCUAAAUGGAUCCUAAGGGACACAAAAAUGACCUUAUCACCCAUGUUGCUGUUAGAGAACCACCCAAUUCACAUAAGCCCUGCUCACUAUAUUAGUGACAUUAUUAGAGAAGGAACGAAAAAUGGCACUGCUUUCUUUAGGUGCCAUGGACAUGAGCAAUUUGAUAUGACUGGUUUGGAUCCUGAAUAUAACAGGUUGUUCAAUGAGGGCAUGGUGUGCACUGCCAGGGUUGUGUCCAAGGCUGUUAUCAAUGGAUACAAAGAUGGGUUUAACAAGAUUAAGUCUUUGGUUGAUGUAGGAGGUGGUCUUGGAGGGUCACUCUCUGAGAUUGUCAGAGCCUAUCCCCACAUCAAAGGCAUUAACUUUGAUUUGCCUCAUGUUGUUGCCACUGCACCUAACUAUGAUGGAAUCACCCAUGUAGGAGGCGACAUGUUCCAGUCCAUUCCUAGUGCUGAUGCUAUUUACAUGAAGUGGAUUCUUCAUGACUGGAGCGAUGAACACUGCAUAAAGAUUUUAAAGAACUGCAGGAAGGCAAUACCGGAGAAGACCGGAAAGGUGAUAAUUGUGGACCAUGUGCUGCGACCCGAAGGGAAUGAACUAUUUACUGACGUCGGCAUUGCAUUUGACAUGAUGCUUCUUGCACACAAUGCUGGUGGCAAAGAGAGGACUGAGGAGAAUUGGAAGUGGCUAUUUAAAGAAACUGGAUUCGCUCGAUACAACAUCAUCAAGAUUAAUGCUUUGCCAUCCAUCAUUGAGGCUUUUCCAGUCUGAACUCUCACUGCAUGUGAUGUGUUGUUUGUGUUAUUAUUAUUAGUAAUAUUAUCAGCAGCGAUAUUCUCUUCUUGUGCUGUUGCUUUCCAAGGCGUUAUGCAGCCUAUAGGUGUGUCAUAUUUUGAAUAAAACGCCCACCACCUAAUAAUGCUUGGAUUUGUGGACUAUACAUGUUCCAUCAAGUAAUGAGUGGUGUGUGAUUGUACUGAAGAAUCUAUUGCUGUUAAUGAAUUAGAUUUGGUGUUUAACAUU